ACUUCCUGUAGGGACUGAAAACCAAGUGAGGAGAUGGAGGAUUGCACCGUACUACACCAGAGAAUUCAGAGAGGAUAGACACCACAGAUGGAUCCUGACCAUCACCCAAGGAACGACUGCACAACUGUGGGAAGACAUCCAGUCCCUUCACAGUAUUGCUCAACACAGAAGGUCGGGCAGUGAAACCUUCAUCUGGAAAUCGUUUGGGUCAGGGGAGCUUUAACGUAUCAUCAGAUCUGAAACUGGUCAGUGGUGUGGACCUUUAAUCAUUCAUUGAGCCUCAUGAACCACUGAUUCAUUCCUACACGUGAGAGGCUGUUCAAGUGUGAGGAGGGCGCCAAAGGCUCAUAAGGUCUCUGAACAGGCAAUCUGUUGUACAACUGUUAACACAAGGGCAGCCACAUGGAAGGGAAACAAUUCAAGUGUGAGGUUUGUAAUAAAGGUUUUGUAACAUCUACGAGACUCCUGAUACACCAGAGGAUUCACACGGGGGAGAAACCCUUCAGGUGUGAUGUUUGUGAGAAGGCUUUCACCCAAUCCUCCCAUCUUCUGUCGCACCAGUCGAGUCACACAGGUGAGAAACCCUUCACGUGCGAGUUGUGUGACAAAUCAUUCUCGAACUCAUUGGCCUUUCGCAGACACCAACGCAUUCACACAGGAGAGAAACCAUUUAAAUGUGAGGUGUGUGACAAAUCAUUUUUGCAGUCCUCGACCCUCCUCAUGCACCAACGCACUCACACAGGGGAGAAACCAUUCACAUGCAAGGUGUGUAUCAAAUCAUUCUCAGAUUUAUCGACCCUCCGCAGACACCAGCGCAUUCACACAGUGAAACCAUUCAUGUGCAAAGUGUGCCUCAAAUCGUUCCCGGAUUUAUCGAUCUUCCACAAACACGAACGCAUUCACAAAGGGCAGAAACCGUUCAUCUGUGAGGUUUGUGAAAAAUCAUUCUCACUGUCAGCGAACCUCCGCAGACACCAACGCAUUCACACAGGGGAAAAACCAUUCACAUGUGAGGUGUGUGAUAAAUCAUUCUCGCUGUCAGCAAAUCUCCGCAGACACCAACACAUUCACACAGGGGAAAAACCAUUCAGGUGCAAGGUGUGUGAGAAAUCAUUCUCAUUCUCAUCGGCCCUUCUACUGCACCAACGCACUCACACCGGAGAGAAACCAUUCACAUGCCAGGUGUGUAUGAAAUCGUUCUCGGAUUCAUCACAACUCCGCAGACACCAACGCACUCACACAGGGGAGAAACCAUACACAUGCAAAGUGUGCAUCAAAUCAUUCUCGGAUUUAUCGACCUUCCGCAGGCACCAACGCAUUCAUACAGGGGAGAAACCAUUCACCUGCGAGGUGUGUGACAAAUCAUUCUUGCAAUCAUCAAGUCUCCUCAUACACCAACGCAUUCACAGAGGGGAGAAACCUUUCACAUGCCAAGUGUGUGACAAAUCAUUCUCAUCAUCUUCAGACCUUCGCAAACAUGAACGAGUUCACACAGGCGAGAAACCAUUCAUGUGUGAGGUAUGUGACAAAUCAUUCUUGCAGCCAGGGAACCUCCGCAGACACCAACGUAUUCACACAGGUGAGAAAUCGUUCACGUGUGAGGUGUGUGACAAGUCAUUCUCGCUGUCAGGAAACCUCCGCAGACACCAACGCAUUCACACUGGAGAGAAACCGUUCAGGUGUGAAGUGUGUGACAAAUCAUUCUCUGACUCAUCGAGCCUCUGUGUACACCAACGCAUUCACACCAGGAAGAAACCAUUCACGUGUGAUGUUUGCGACAAAUCAUUCUCAAGGUCAUCAAACCUCCUGCUCCAUCAGAGGAGCCACACUGGCGAGUAACCCUUGAAGUCUGAUGUUCGCAAUAAAACUCUUGUGACAACUUCAACCCUCCUGGGACACCAGAGGAUUCACAAAGGGGAAAAAUCUUCAGGAGCGAUGUUUGUGACAAAGCUUUCACCCACACCUACAAUCUCCUGAAACACCAGCAGAUUUACACUGGAGAGAACCCAUUUAGGUGUGAGGUGUGUGACAAGGCUUUUGCACAGAGCAUCUCCUGGUCCAUCAAUGCACUCACACAGGGAAGAAAUCGUAUUGGUUUGAGUUCAGUAAUAAAACUUUCACACAAUUGUUGGUCCUCCUGUAACGUCACUGAAGCCACACAGGAACCACCUAGCCACAUUUUUACUCCAGUUGUCAUUGGAGUGUGAAUCUCUACACAAACUCACUGCAAAGGGUGUUCAGUGGUAUUGGGCACAGAAGAAGAAGCAGCUUUCACUCAUCAUAUAACUAGUGAUAACAACGCCAGUGCUGAGGUACGAUGAGGUCAUUGAUGAAGUCACCAUGCAGUGAGAUGCAAGUGAAACAGGACUUGGAGCAACCCUGAUGGAGCAAGGACAACCAGUUGUGUUUGUAUUCAGAACAUUGACAAAAACUGAACGACACUUUGCACAGAUUGAGAAAGAGAGCCUGGCUUUUGUCUUUGCUUGUGAGCAUUUCAACCAGUACCUGUUUGGGAGAGAGAAAGUGAUGGUAGAGUCUGACCGCAAGCCAUUUCAAAACCUCUUUAUCAAACCACUUCUAUCUGCUCCAAAGUGUUUACAAAGGUUGUUACUUCAUUUGCGAGAUAUCACUUGGAAGUGAAGUACAAGCAAGGGAAACAGAUGAACAUCACCGACAUGCUGUCGAGAGCUGCAGUCUCUUUGAAGGAAGUUGAUGAUGCUGGUACAGAGUGUGAAAUCUUCCAGAUUCAACAAGAAGCAACAGCACGACAUGCUCUGGAAGUCAUCAAUCCAGCAGAGACAUUGAAUCUGACAGACAAAGGUCUUGCUCAGAUCAAGCAAACUACACAAUGAGAUACAACUCUUCAAAUGUUACAGGAAGUUGUCAUGAAAGGAUAGCCUGAAACCAUCAAGGACACACCUGUUGCUGUAGGAGAGUAUUGGGCAGACAGAGAUGAAGUGAUCAUCCAAGAUGGCAUCUUGUACAAAGGGACGAGGGCCAUUAUCCCUAAAGAGAUGAGAAAAGAGAUGCUGAAGCACAUCCAUACAAACCAUCAAGGAACCAAGUCUAGUCUGAGGGAGGGAAGAGAAGUGCUGUACUGGCCAAACAUGGGUAAUGAGAUUAAGGACCACGUCAGCCAGUGCAGUGUGUGUAAUGUAUAUCAAGCUAAGCAAGAUAAAGAGUUGCUCAUGACUCAUGACAUCCCAGACACCAUGGAUGAAGCUUGGAGUAGACCUCUUCAUUCUCACUGGAACGGAUUAUCCUGUCACAGUCAACUACUAUUCAGACUACUGGGAGUUAGACCAGCUGAUGUCAACAACUUUCCAGUGAGAUUGUAGAACGCCUGAAAGCACACUUCAGUCAUCGUGGCAUUCCUGACAUUGUCAUGACAAUGGCCCUCAAUUCAUGAGUGAAGAAUUCAGACACUUGAUGAAUGAUUGGGAAAUUCAGCGCCACACAUCAUCUCAAAUGGAAAGGCUGAGGCAGUGAUGAAAAUUGCCAAAGGGAUCAUCAGAAAGUCGACGAGAUACAGCACAGAUAUGUACAAGGCAAUCUUAGAGUGGAGAAACACACCUACUGAAGGCAUGGAAAGUUUCCAGUCCAGUGACCAAUGUCACGCUGCCCCCAGACUACUCUUCCAACAGCUAAAAAACUACUGAGGCCAGAAGUAGUAACAGGGAGUGAGUGACAAGAUCAUAGUGAAACGACAGAAAGACAAAUUUCAUUUUAAUAAAGCUGCCACAUCGUUGUCAGAGCUGAGAGUUGGAGAGCUGGUCAGAGUGAAAACAUUCAACGCACUAAACAAAAGUCAGCUCACUUGGCAACUUGGGUCCUGUGUAGAGAAGUUGUCACCUCGAUGGUACAUGGUGAAACUGAACAACCAGAUCUAUCGUCACAACCACAGACUUCUAUGUGCAACAGGAGAAGCUGCUCCUUCACAGCAGACAGCUGAUGAGGCAGAUCUGAUUUCACCAACUGAGCAAGGAACUGAAUGACCAUCAGUCCCAGAGCUCAACUGUUCCCCAACAAAUGCAACGGAUCAGCAGCAACAAUUGCCACAGCAACAACACUCGCCACUGCAACAACUUUCCCCAGAGACAAAGUCACUUCAGGAACCAGCAGACACAGAAUGAACAGCCAACAACAACUCUCACACACACUGUAAGAAGACUGAACUCUCUAAAGAUUAUCACAGAAUUGUGAUGGCCCAGAAGGACGCCAUUCUGCCUAUCGCGUCUGCACAGUUCUCCAAAUGAGCAUUUAUGAGCUAGUGCCAUUGCCCUGCUUUUUCCCCCGUACCGCUGCACAUUGUUUCUAUUCAAAUAGUCCUCUAAUAUCCUUGGAGCCUCGAUUGAACCUGCC